ACACAGCGUCAGACUCCGAUAAGAACUGAGGUUCUGAUGGCAGGCAAACAGUACCCAUCCAUCCAGGAGUUUGCCUCAGCCAUCACCAACCAGCUGCUGCUGGGCUCCCUGCUGGAACACCUGUGCUUUGUCUAUGAGAGGGACCCGACCCGCUCACAUAUGCUGUUCAAAGCCAUUGGUCAGCAUUUAGCAGCGAAGAACGUCCUCUCCCUAUUAGCCAUCAGUGAGGAGUUCAGCACAAUCAGACUUCAAUACAACAGAGGCUUCACUGAACUACUGCAUGCUGUCAACACCUCCAUUUUUCCACAGGGUCAAAUGUUAUUGAAUACAGACACCCAGAGCCUUACGUUAAGACCAAAAGAGGGUCUGUUCCAGGCACAGACGUCUCGCUACCUCAGUGAGUUUGAAGAGCUCUCUAUAUUUGGAAAAUGAUCCUAUGGCAAAGUCUUCAAGGUUAAAAACAAGCUGGAUGGACAGAAGUAUGCUGUGAAGAAAAUUCUCAUCAACAAUGUUUCAAGGGAAGACUGCAUGAAGUUUCUCAGAGAGGUGAAAGUGUUAUCCAGUCUUCAGCACAUCAAUGUAGUAGGCUACCACACUGCCUGGAUGGAGCAUAUCACACAUGCUUUUACUAGUGACCGUAUGAAGCUGGUUGAGAGAAUUCCAAGAGUGUGCAAAGAUGUCAUCAAGGUAACUUAUCCUUAUGGGGCUGUGGACACGAAACAAACCCUCAGCAUUCUACAUAAAAUACUUCAAGGUGUAGAAUACAUUCAAUCUAGAGGAAUCAUGCAUAGAGACCUGAAGCCCAGGAAUAUUUUCCUGCGUGGACAUAACUGCCAUGUGAGGAUUGGAGACUUUGGACUGGCUUGCAGGGAUAAAAUGAUGGAUGACAAGGAAAAACCACCCUCCACCUCACAGAAUUCCUCUCACACCGCUGGAGUGGGGACAUUUGUUUACGCAGCACCUGAACAACUGGAGGGUUCCCACUAUGAUUCAAAUUCAGACAUGUACAGUAUAGGAGUGGUGGCCCAGGAGCUGUUCCAGCCCUUUGGGACAGAGAUGGAGCGUGUUCAGACGCUAGGGGACCUCCUUGAGGGGAAGGUCCCAGACUCCUUAUCCCAGCGCUGGCCUGUCCUGGCCAAGUACAUCACACUGCUGACCAGCAGAGACCCCACUCUAAGACCCAGCGCCACACAGCUGCUGCAGAGCGAGCUGUUCAGCAGCAAAGACAUGGUUAUCCAUGGCUUGCAGACAAGGGUUAAAGAGCAGGAAUAUGAGAUAGUUCAACUCAGGAGACAGAUCAGUCAGCUUCAGACUUAGAGCAUGUAGCAAGCAUCCCAUUCCACGGACAGGACCUGACGUCAACUAUCUCUGCCCAUCUUCAAACCUGUUAUAUUCGACCCCUUUACCUUACCAAAUGUGAAUAAUUUGGUGCAAAUGGUUGAAUGUGUGUGGUCUCUCUGCCUGGAUGUAACAAUGUGACUAGAAAUUAAAAUUGUAGAAUAAAUCAUUUAAUUUACACUUA